AACAAGCUUGAAAUCUAAUUGUCCCAAAAAGCCAGAGUGUGAACACUCUCUGUCAGCAACCCAAACCAACCCAGAAGCCAAAAAAAGUGACAUUCCACAAUUCACACGUAUUCUCUUCUCUCUCUUUCUUCCCAGAAAAAUUCACACAAAAUUUCCAAACCAAAGACUCAAACAAGAACUCGAGAACUCAACACUAACAAACUUCUUUUUUAAACAGAAAACAAGAAAGAGCUGAACUUUCACACAAAAAAAAAAAACACACUCUUUUCAAGCUCGUUGCAGCAACGGGUCUUCUUUUAAUUUUCUCAUUUCUACAACUCUUUCCAAACCUUUUAACAAGAAUAUGAAAGAACGUAACUAAACAAACACGGGUUUUCUCUCUCUUCCCGCUUUCUCACUCUAAGCAAAGAAGAUAAUCUUUUAUCAAAGAACGAAACUUUCAUAAAAAAGAUCACACCUUUUAUCUCAAAGCCCAAAAUGAUUCAUCUCAAUUUUCUCGUUUCAAUUACUCUUUUCCUGGCUUUCUUCUCAAACCCAAGUCGUGUUUACGGAAAUGCGGAGGUUGAGGCUCUAAUGGAGCUGAAAUCGUCUCUGGACCCAGAGAACAAGUUCCUGAGCUCAUGGACCAAAGAUGGCGAACCGUGUAGUGGCUCAUUUGAAGGUGUGGCUUGCAAUGAACACCACAAAGUGGCUAACAUUUCUCUGCAGGGAAAAGGGCUCUCCGGCAAGCUGUCGUCGGCGGUGGCCGAGCUCCGGUGCCUGUCGGGUCUGUACUUGCACUACAACAACUUGUCGGGAGAGAUUCCGAGAGAACUCUCCAAUCUUACUGAGCUCACUGAUCUCUAUCUCAAUGUUAAUAAUCUCUCUGGAGAUAUUCCUUCUCAGAUCGGUAAAAUGGCAAGUCUUCAAGUUCUACAGCUAUGUUGUAACCAGCUGAGUGGAAAAAUACCAACCGAGAUGGGGUUGUUGAAGAAGCUAAGUGUUGUUGCUUUACAGUACAACAAACUAACAGGUGAAAUCCCUCCAAGCUUAGGAAAUCUUGGGAUACUCAAAAGGCUUGAUUUGAGCUUCAACACACUCUCUGGUAAAAUUCCCACAACACUAGGUACUAUUCAAUCAUUGCAAGUCCUAGACCUCAAAAACAAUUCUCUCUCUGGAUUUGUCCCUCCUGGUCUGAGGAGAUUAAAUGAGGGAUUUCAUGCUGAGAACAAUCCAAGCUUGUGUGGAGUUGGGUUUGCUAAAUUGAGAGCCUGCACAUCUUUUGACAAUUAUAAUAUGGAUGUUGGUGUAUUUGGCCCUAGUGGAUCUAAUGGAAAUGCCACUGAUGGUCCAACACAAAACCCCGAGUCCGCAAACUUCCAUUCAACUUGCAACCGAGCGCAUUGUGCUAGGUCGACAAGGUUUUCGCUGGCUGCAGUUGUUGCAGUGGUGAUUGCAGUCACCAUAAGUAUGAUAGCAAUAGUGUUUCUUAUCAUCAUAAGGUACCGGCGGCAAAAACAGAAGAUUGGAAACCAUUGUGAUCCUUCAGACGGCCGUCUUAGCAUCGACCAGGCUAAGGAGUUUCGGAGCAAGAGUGCCUCCCCACUUGUGAGCCUUGAGUACUGCAAUGGGUGGGAUCCAUUAGGUGAUGGUCUAAAGGGAAUUGGGUUGUCUCAGGAAUAUCUUAACAACAAGAAGUUCAACAUGGAGGAUAUUGAGUCUGCAACACAGUACUUUUCUGACGUGAAUUUACUAGGGAAGAGCAAAUUCUCUGCUGUCUAUAAAGGGGUUUUGAGAGAUGGUUCUGUUGUGGCUAUCAGAAGCCUUAAUGUCACGAGCUGUAAGUCCGAGGAAGACGAGUUUUUGAGAGGGCUGAACCUGCUUUUUUCACUGAGACAUGAGAACCUUGUUAAGCUGAGAGGUUUCUGUUGCUCAAGGAGCAGAGGUGAGUGCUUUCUCAUCUAUGAUUUCGCUCCCAAUGGAAGCCUCUCUCGGUAUCUUGAUUUAGAAGAAGGAAGCGACGGAGUUCUUAGUUGGUCUAAGAGAGUCACGAUCAUCAGUGGCAUUGCAAAAGGUAUUCAAUACUUACACAGCAGUGAAGCAAACAGACCUGCCAUAGUCCACCAAAACAUAUCAGCCGAGAAGGUUCUCAUCGACCAGCAGUUCGACCCAUUGAUCUCUGAUUCGGGGCUUCCUAAGCUUCUCGCCAAUGACAUUGUCUUCUCAGCUCUCAAGACGAGCGCCGCCAUGGGAUACCUAGCCCCGGAGUACAUCACCACAGGCCGCUUCACACAGAAGAGCGACAUCUACGCAUUUGGAGUCAUCGUCCUGCAAGUUUUAUCUGGACAGUUGAUGCUUACAAACUCAAUGCGAACGGGCGCAAAAUCUGGAAGUUUCGAAGACUUCAUGGACGCCAAGCUAAAAGGAGAGUUCUCUGAGUCCGCAGCAGCCAAGCUGGGCCAACUCGCCUUAACUUGCACGCAUGAGGUUCCCGAGGAAAGGCCAACUGUGGAGGAAGUUAUCCAGGAACUGUAUAGGAUGACCGAACCUUAAUUUUUAUAUGGAUAUUCUUAUGGUAAGGAAUGCUCUUCUUCACCAGGCUCUUUAAGCCAUUGGGUUUAGUCUGAUAUAUCAGUAUCCACAUUAAAAAUUUGCACCGCACUAAAGCGCUCCCACUCAUAAAUCAAACCGUUGAAAAAUUAAUCAAACUGCUAAAAAAGCCUAAACUACCGGUAGUGAAAGAAACUUUGCCUACUAUAAAACUUUCCUUUUCAGAUGUGAAGAAGUUUGCCUGUGAUGGUGCUCUGAGAGGAGAUUAUAUAUGAAGUCUCUCAAGAUCACGUCUUUAAUGAAGGAUUUGUUUCUUAGUGAUGUAAACUUGUGGCUUUUCUGGAGAUUUGAGGCAGACCCAGGAAGAGAAAGAAGUAACUAAUACAAGUUUCCUCCAGUUCCUGUGUAGAUUGGAGAAUGGCAAAGGGGAAACUCUUGGUGGCACAAUUGACUUUCCGGUGAUUUGUUUGUAAUAAUUUUAUUUAUUGUAAGUUGGCUGAGACUGAACCCUGAUAUUCUAAAUUUUUGUGAAUUCUAAAGUAAUGAUCAACAGCAGUAUUUUCUUCAAA